AUUACCUUGUCCAAGGGUAAUUUUAAUGCACUGCUUUAUUAGCUAGUUGCCUGCUUCACUUUUUCUAUCAGUGUUUAAAUUUGUCAUCGGAGAAUGAGGUGUUCAUUGGUUAGAAAUGUUCUUCUAAUCUUGACAAUACUGUCAAUUUCCGUAAUUCAUGGAUGUAAAUAUUCAUUUUACGACUACUAUGAGGAUGAAUAUGACGGUCAACAUGAACUUCAUGACGCUAAUUAUAAUGAUUAUAAACAAGUUUUUAUUGGAUACGAUAACCAAGAUGUUGAUAGUAUAAGCGAUAACUAUAAUGACAGGAUAAGCUACGAUACAGAGUAUUCAGAAGAUAAAUAUGAAGAUAUGAUGGAUGGUUUAAACGAUGAGGACAUGGAAGCUGUUAAUUUAGAGUAUAAGUUAAGUAGACAUAGAGGCAGUCCAAUGGAUGCAAAUAAUGAAUAUCCUGAAGAUGAGUUUACUGAAGAUGAUCAAUUAUUUUAGGUGAGUCUGAGCCAAAUGAAGAGAAGCACGUUUAUUCAUAUGUAGUGAAUACUUUUGAUGCAAUAAUAAAAACUUGUGCAUUUUAUAAUUUGAUUAUACAGCUGAUCCAGGGAUUCACUGAAGUUAAGAAGAAUUAAUUAUCAAUUUAUCGCAUAGGAACUCAUGGUUGACGUACUAUUCAAAAAUGGCUAGAGUCAAUAAUCAAAUUUCAAAUAAGCUUAUUUGCCUAUAGAAUAGAACAAGAUGAGUGUACAAUGUCCACUGGCUUUCAGCUGUUCUCCCACUGUUUUCUAUCCAUGAUGGAAACUGAUCUCCAGUGGAUGAAAUAAUCAUGUUCAUCUACAGCUCAUAUUAAAAACGACUAAAGGAAUGUCUUCAAGGUGGAAGGAGAUUUUUUUAUCACCAACUUGUAUCAGUCAGGAAAUCAAUGAAGAUUCAGUAGCACUCGGCCUACAAUACAACCUGUCAGAAAAGUCUUCAGCCAUUAGUGUUCACAGCUAAUCCUAAGAUCAAAAACGUGGUUCUCAGAUGAGAUAGAAGAGAAGAUCAUCCGAACUUCACUUUUUCCUCUAUAUUUACAAACUACAUCGAUCAUUCAGCAUAAUUUUGUAAGUAUUCAAAGAAAUAUACUACGAUUAAAACAAACUGACUGCGUGUUUUAAUUCUUUGAAAUAAUAUUGAGAGAAAGCGGGAAAACUCAAAUUGUCUAUUACUACGUAGUUCUCUUCAUUCUUACCCUGAGUGAUGUUGACAGUUUUGUCUAAACUUUUGACCUAUUGUGUUGAGUACCAUAUUCAGUGUUAGCACAAUGUUUAUUGAAGCCAUAUAGAGUUGUAAUUCAA